GGGGCCAGAGACAUGACAGUACUCCUGUCUUAUGACCUUGCAGUCAUUGCUGGGAUUUAUAUCAAGCUGACCACAGUAUUCUGGAACGUUGCUCCAUCAUUCAUCAUUCACCAUGCGCGCAGUUGUAUACGAUAAACCAUUCACUGUUUCAGUCCAGGAAGUAGAAAAACCAAAAAUCACACAUCCUGAUGAUAUCAUUGUGAAAGUUACCACAACAUGCAUUUGUGGCAGUGACUUGCAUAUGUACGAAGGACGUACUGGCGCGCAGCCAGGUAUUGUCUUUGGCCAUGAAAACAUGGGAAUCGUUGAUGAGGUUGGCAAUGGCGUUGAGCUUCUCAAGAAGGGAGACCGCGUUGUUAUGCCUUUCAACGUAGCUUGUGGUCGUUGUUUGAACUGCGAAGAAGGUAAGUCUGCAUUUUGUACGCACGUAAAUCCAGGAUUUACUAAAAUGUUUCCUAGUUAUGUUGCCAUGGGACCCUAUCAAGGAGGGCAAGCUGAAUAUGUAAAAGUUCCCUUUGCCGAUUUUAACGCGCUCAAACUGCCGCCUGGAAAAGAGCAUGAAGAAGACUUUGCCUUGCUGGCGGAUAUCUUCCCUACAGGAUGGCAUGGUGUCGAGCUGUCGGGUUUUCGACCUGGAGAAUCCGUUGUGGUUUUUGGUGCAGGUCCUGUCGGCCUUAUGGCAGGUUACUCAGCCGUAUUACGCGGAGCAUCGGAAGUAUAUGUAGUAGACCGAGUCCCUGAACGCCUUCAGAAGGCGAAGGAAAUCGGCUGUAUCCCAAUUGACUUCUCGAAGAGUGAUGCGGUGGAACAAAUCAAAGCCUUAAGAGGAGGGAGGGAAGUAGACCGCGGCGUUGAUGCUGUCGGAUACCAAGCUACUAGUGCUGACGGAAAGAGCGAGAAGCCAAAUGCGGUGCUCGAAGCGUUGAUCGCAGUUGUGCGACCUACUGGCGGUCUAGGUAUCCCUGGGUUAUAUGUUCCCAGCGACCCUGGUGCUCCUGACUCUGCAUCUGCUAAGGGUUAUAUUUCCUUCCCGUUCGGCAAACUAUUCGAGAAGGGGCUGAGUAUUGGUACUGGUCAAUGCAAUGUCAAGUCAUACAACCGAUACUUGCGUGAUCUCAUCAUUGCAGGAAAGGCGAAGCCUUCAUUCGUGGUCUCUCAUAACUUAUCAUUGGAAGACGCUACUAGUGCGUACGAGAAGUUCGACAAGAGGAUCGAUGGAUACACCAAAGUUUUGUUACAUCCCUGAAAGCUAUGAUUUGAGAUUUUUCAUAGAUUGGAAAGACUUUUCAUUGAUUUUGUAAUCCGAGCGUAUCUCUACCGACCAAUGUCAUACUAUUUCUUUUCAUACGAGCCCGUGAAAUAAUCUGAAUAUAUACCGC